AUGAACGGCACCUUUCCUCCCUCCACCUUCAACAACUCCUCCUCCACAUCGCCCUCUCCUGCCCCAUCCUCACCGUCCCUCGACCAUGCCUCCCCAUCCUCCCCGGCCUACCCCCAAUACGAGGACUUCUACGAGUACGACUACAACUUCAACUUCACGGACGAGCAGUGGGGGGUCGUACGGCAGCUCAACCUCUACUACGUGCCUCUGCUCAUCGUCGUGGGCUUCGUGGGUAACCUGCUCUCGUGUGUCGUCUUCCUCAACACCCGGCUUCGCAUGAGGUCCUCGAGUUACUACCUGGCUGCCCUGGCGGUGGCGGACGUGACUUACCUGUUCAUUCUGUUCCUGGUGUGGCUGGACAUGCUCGGCUUCAACACCUUUAACGUCAAUGUCAUGUGUCAGCUCGAGAUCUACCUUGGGUCUGUGUCGAGUUCCUUGAGUGUGUGGCUGACGGUGGCCUUCACGGUGGAGCGGUUCAUCGCGGUGCAGUACCCCCUCCAGCGGCCCACCGUCUGCACCGUGCACCGCGCCAAGAACGUCAUCCUCACCCUGACCGGCUUCAGCGUCACCGUCCACCUCUACGUCUUCGUCACCGCCGGCGUUAUUGUCCACCUCGACGAUGGCGGAGUUGCCAUCACGGAGUGCAACCUUCGCAUGGACUACCGUGGGCUCAUGAACGUCAUCAACUGGAUCGACACGCUGCUGACGCUGGUGAUUCCCUUCAUCAUGAUCGUCGUUAUGAACACUCUCAUCGCGCGGCAGCUCAUAAGGUUUUCGAAGAGGUAUCGCAACAGAGAUGAUAUCUUCCACCUACAGGAGGUCAACGGAGGUCAAGCCAACGGACAUAAGUCCGGGGGCACCAGCAGUCACAGCCAAAGCGGGCGGGGGGGAGCUGGGCCCUGCCAUAGCGCGUCCUCCGGGGCGGGGCGCGGGGCAGCCGGCAGACCACCGCCCCCAUCCUCGUCCUCUUCCACCACCAAGAACAACAACAACCUCAAGAUGGCGACCCCCUUCGCCUCCUCCGCCGCCACAGUCCUGUCGUACACCAGUAAGAACCCUCGCAGCAUCCUGUCCACUCGCACUCAGUACUCGAUCACCAAGAUGCUGCUUCUCAUCUCCACCGUGUUCAUCAUCCUCAACUUGCCCAGCCACGUGAUCCGGGUGCACGCCUUCCUCAGCAGCCUGUGGGGCAGCGAGCAGGAGGCGGACGAGGUCACCAUGUGGAACCUGCAGCAGCUCUUCAUGCAGCUGCAGUACACCCACUUCAGUAUCAACUUUGUUUUCUACUCUACCUGCGGCGCCACCUUCAGGAAGUGUCUCUUCCAGCUGCUGCCCACACGGCUUCGCACCUGCUGCCGCAGGAGUCCCAACUCUCAGCGGUACCAGUAG